AUGGAUAAUUUAGUCAAGCAAAGAGGAAGAAGAAGGGUUUCGAUUUCUGAGAACAAACAAACGGAUUUGCCAACGCUACCAGACUUGGCCAUAACCGAUAAUCCAGCACUAAAUUGGCUGAAGAACCAAUCGUAUUGGUACGAGAAAAAUGAUUACUACAACGAGAAAGAAAGCGAAUUCGCAGCAUCUGUUGCGGCUGCUGCGUUCUUCAUUAAAUCAAUGGAAGAAGCUUAUGAAGAAAAGUUGAAAAGAAUAAGAGAACAAAUCAAAAGGUCGCAGACAAAAAAAGCCAAUAUGAUAAUACCUAAAACCGAAGGGAAGAGAUUAAACAAAUCAUAUACUCAAGAGGUGAAAAUUGGAGAAGCUAGUUUCAGAAAAAACCCAUUAGAGUUUACACUAGAUAACCGUCAAGCACAAGAAACUGGCUCAUCAUCUAGAACAUCUGGACUUGCUUCAGUACCAAGUAAAGCAGAUUCUUGGGAAAAAUCUCAAAUCAACAAAAUUAGAUUAAGGUAUGAUAAAAUGAAAGCUGAAAUUGUGGCUUGGGAAAAUGAGAGAAAAUUAGCAGCUAAACUCAAAAUGGAGAAAAGAAAGAGUGAAUUGGAGAAGAGAAAAGAAAUAAAUAAUCAACAUUAUAAGUCAAAAUUAGCAAGGAUCCAACUAAUUGCUGAUGGAGCCAAGAAACAGCUUGAGGAGAAGAGGAGGAGCAAAGAAGAUCAAGUUCAUGGAAAAGUAAAGAAAAUGCGUCGAACUAGCAAAGUUCCUAUCAAUUAUUUCUGCUUUCGGUCAAAUUACGGAGUGAAAGAGCUCACAUGGGAAAAUGGGCAGCUAACGGUCCAUGGUCUAGGCCAAGAAGUCGAACCAACCCCCUCGGCUAAUCCGGUAUGGACUCAAACUCUCAACGGGUGUGAGACUUUGGAGUCUGUGGUCCACCAGGCGGUUCUACAGCCAAGCAAACUACAGCUGCCGAGCCAGGUUGGUCCAAACCACAAUUCUGAAAGCAAGAACGGAUCUUGCUCAAGAAAACGCGGCCAUCCUCAAGAAAUGGACCGUUGGUUCGCUGUUCAAGAAGAGAGCCAUAGAGUUGGUCACAGCGUAACAGCAAGUGCGAGUGGUACUAAUAUGUCUUGGGCGUCUUUUGAAUCUGGUCGGAGCUUGAAGACAGCUAAAACCGGAGACAGAGACUGUUUCCUCUCUGGAUCGGAAACUCAAGACACUGAAGGAGAUGAACAAGAAACGAGAGGAGAAGCAGGGAGAUCUAAUGGAAGACGAGGAAGAGCAGCAGCGAUUCACAACGAGUCCGAAAGGAGACGGCGUGAUAAGAUAAACCAGAGGAUGAGAACACUUCAGAAGCUGCUUCCUACUGCAAGUAAAGCAGAUAAAGUGUCGAUCUUGGACGAUGUAAUCGAACACUUGAAACAGCUUCAAGCUCAAGUUCAGUUUAUGAGCUUAAGAGCCAACUUGCCACAACAGAUGAUGAUGCCACAACUACCUCCACCACAAUCAGUUCUCAGCAUCCAACACCAACAGCAACAACAACAGCAACAGCAGCAGCAACAACAACAACAACAGUUUCAGAUGUCUUUACUUGCAACAAUGGCGAGAAUGGGAAUGGGAGGCGGUGGCAAUGGUUAUGGAGGUUUAGUUCCUCCUCCUCCUCCUCCACCACCAUUGAUGGUCAACAGAGACUGCACCAAUGCUUCUUCCGCCGCUUUAACUGAUCCCUACAGCGUUUUCCUCGCACAGACAAUGAAUAUGGAUAUGUAUAACAAAAUGGCUGCAGCGAUCUAUAGACAACAGUCUGAUCAGACUACAAAGGUAAAUAUGGGCAUGCCCUCAAGUUCUUCGAAUCACGAGAAAAGAGAUUAG